AUGGUUGAUACUGCUUACUCUGAUGCGCUUGCGCAGAUUCAGGCUCUAGACAAACAGAUACCUGCGGAUACCCUUGCAAUCAUUCGAAUCAGCGAGCCAAUCGGCACAUCAGAUGGGAACGCAACAUCGGAGCGGUCGCCAUCAAAGCGUACCUCAGACGUGUCUACGGACGCAUAUGAUAAUCCAACACCGGCGACAUUAGAAGCUGACCUGACACAUUAUAAGGAACUAUUCUCGAAGCUCCGGUUUUCGUACCUCGAACAGGUCACGAAAGAGAAGUUUCUACGUGCUAUUGUUGGUGAUCCACCGCUAGUCGUUGCGCAUAGUGACAAUGUCGAGUUGGAAGCAGAACUCGCACAAAUAAAGGAAGAGUUGCAACGGCGAAAGGAGGAAGUUAGGAUAUCAGUUGAGGAGAUGGAAAAGAUGAGCAGAGACCUAGCAAAAAGUAAAGGCACUCACCUAUGUUCCUCGCUAAAACCUGGCACAAUUAAGCUAAUUAUCCCCAUAUAUCACAGGACCACACAGCUUUCAGAGCUGCCGGCUUCAAUUUCGAACCUCGAAGAAACAGUUUCCAGGUUGCGUGAUGCUCAAUCAGCGCAGCUUCAGGAACGAUCGUCUCUAUCUCCAUCUCAAAAUCUCCCGCUUGAAGCUACUCUUCGACUUUUGGCAAAUAAGGAUGCUGAACUAACAAGCCUGAAACGAACGCUGGCGUCCUCAGAAACAGCGUUAGUCCGUAAAACGGGAGAAACAGAAGCAUUGGAGAGGGAGUUGGCUGUAUUAGAAAAGAAGAGAAAUGAAGUUGUUGCGCAAGCCAAGGAGGCGCAACGACGGAAACUCCAAGGAGAGAGUGACGGGCUUGAAGAAAUGGGGCGAUGGUAUGCAGGGGCAGAGCAAAUACUGAAAAGCUUAGUAUAA